AUGACAAAUACUGUGAAGGGGCUGUCAAGUGGAAAUAAGAAAACACUGAAAAUUUUUAGUCAUUUCACAGUAUUUACCUCUUCUGAGAAUUUCAACCUUUUCCUAAGUGAAAAAUUGAAUACAGCAGCAAACUUUUUCAGUCUUGAGGAUAUUUGUUCAACCUACGUCAUGGGAAGGCCUUUGUUUUUGUUUAUAUUUUUAUUCCUCUGGCAUUUCCUAAAUGCUUUAUUCACUGUUGAAGCUCCUCAGUCACUCUGCACUGUGGAACGUGGGAACAACGUGACCAUGGAAUGCACAUUUCCAGUGAAUGGGAAAUUAGAGUUAAGACAUUUAAGUGUCAGCUGGGAAAAGAAAGAUGAGUCAAAGCAGGUGUAUGUACUUCGCAAAGGAGAGGAAGACUUCAAAAAUCAGCACAGUGACUUUAAAGGCAGAAUAAAAUUGUUGAAAGAGAAUUUGAACUUGGGACAGUCUCUCCUUCAGAUCACUAAUGUAAAGCUCAGGGAUGCAGGGGUUUACCGCUGUGUUAUUGCCUACGGGGGAGCUGACUACAAGACAAUCCACCUGAAAGUUAAGGCUCCUUACAGAAUUAUAAACCAAGGAGUGGUUAGCGCAGGGCACAAUGAAUGGGAGUUAACGUGUCAGUCAGAAGGAUACCCAGAAGCUGAAGUGAUAUGGCAAAACAGAAACCAUGAAGAUUUGACUGAUAAGGCAAACACAAGAUUUGAAACUGGAAGUGACCAACUGUACCGUGUGACAAGUACCCUUACAAUCAAAAGUGGAAUUGAUGAGAUUUUUUACUGUAUAUUCUGGAAUAAAGAGCUGCAAGAAAACACAUCUGCCAUUUUACACAUAGCAGAUUCAGCUUACGGCAGUCUCCAGACUGAGAGCAGACGCUUUGUUGGAGCAGCUGUCAUUGCUACUGCUUUUAUUGGAUCAGGGCUUCUAUUUCUGCUCUACAUAAGAAAAGCUAGAACAAAUAAGGGCAACAGAACACCUGUGGCGAGUUCACCAAUAGCAAAGCUGUCAAAAGAUAAGGAUAAGCAUGACUGUAGAGAUGCUGAUUUUGAAGACAGAGAGCUGAAUAAGUAUAAAUGA